ACCUCAUCCGCCCGCGUCCUUGAGCCGGAGCCGACCUGCAGCCAUGGCCUUGAGGCUUCUGAGAGUGGCCGCGGCGUCCACGUCCGCGCGUGUCCUGGCGACCCGCGCCCAGCGCGCGGGAAGACUUCACACCAGCGAACGGUGCAGGCUGCGGUAUGGACCUUUGGCGUUCACGCUUGGUGAAACCACCACCAAAAAACUGACGGAACGCAGCAAGGUGAUAACGGUAGAUGGCAACUUAUGCUCUGGAAAAGGCAAGCUUGCAAAAGAAAUAGCAGAGAAACUAGGCUUAAAGCACUUCCCCGAAGCAGGGAUACAUUAUGCAGACAGCACUACAGGAGAUGGAAAACCCCUUGACGUAGAGUUCAGUGGCAACUGUAGUUUGGAGAAAUUUUAUGAUGAUCCGAAAAGUAACGAUGGCAACAGUUACCGCCUGCAGUCCUGGUUGUAUGCCAGUCGCCUCCUACAGUACGCGGACGCCUUGGAACACUUGCUAAGCACAGGACAAGGCGUGGUGCUGGAGCGCUCCAUCUUCAGUGACUUUGUUUUCCUGGAGGCCAUGUACAACCAGGGCUUCAUCCGGAAGCAGUGUGUGGACCACUACAACGAGGUGAAGAAGGUUACCGUCUGCGAGUACCUGCCUCCCCACGUGGUGAUCUACAUCGACGUGCCUGUUCCAGAGGUCCAGAGUCGCAUUCAGAAGAAAGGAAAUCCGCACGAAAUGAAGGUCACCGCUGCCUACCUUCAGGACAUCGAGAAUGCCUAUAAGAAAACCUUCCUCCCUGAGAUGAGUGAAAAGUGCGAGGUGUUACGGUACAGUGCGCGGGAAGCUCAAGACGCAGUGAAGGUGGUGGAGGACAUUGAAUAUCUCAAGUAUGACAAAGGGCCGUGGCUGGACCAGGACGACCGCACUUUUCACAACCUGCGUAUGCUGGUUCAGAACAAGCUGGACGUGCUGAAUUAUACAUCCUUCCCUGUCUAUCUCCCGGAAAUCACAAUUGGCGCUCACCAGAGUAGACGAGUCUUCGAUAAAUUCCGAGAGCUGCCCGGCCGCAAGUACCGACCUGGGUACAACGCCGACGUCGGUGACAAGUGGAUCUGGCUGAAGUGAACGGCCCGCCCCCUGCUCCGCUGCAGCACGGCGGACGAAGCAGCCCUGUCCGUGGACUCCAUGGACUCCACGUAGCUUUCCAGUCGGGGGUGGGGGGCGCGGGGAAGUAAGUGACCCCAAGUGGCACAGUAGAAGCAAGGGCCUGUGCAGUCUGCCCUGUGGUCUAGCUAAUGCAGUUGGAAGAAACAACUUCCAUUAAAAGGUUUUGGAACCUUCUA